AUGAAGGCCGGCCAGGAUGCCAGACGUGUCAAUUGGUGGGAAUCGCAUGCCCAGGAUACAAUGCUCAAGUCAAAUGGCCUGCCGACAACCGGCCUCAUUGAUGCAUGUGUAGUUGUCGAACAAGAGGCUAUGACAAAAACUACCGUCAAUAGCCUCGGGCAGAUUACUGCCAAUGUUGCACUGGACAACAUAGAACUUUGGCAAGAAAGCGGCUCUGGUCCAUGUUUGUUUCAGGGACCCUUUGGCGUUUUAGAUUUCCUGCAACAUCGCACAUCCCAUAAUCAUAACACGGGUAAUGACACGCCUCGAAAGGAAGUUACAGGAGAGAAUUACUCUGGCGAUCGAGAAAAUGUAGACGACAGGAUCGCUGCCGACAUGAACACCAUUGCUGACGAGUCAGCUCUUCCACGAAAGAGCGCCCAUAAUCAAAUUCUUGAACCCACGCCACCGUCUACAGUGGUUUCUACCUGUGAUAACAGUUUCCAAGACUCCAACGAUCUUUACCCACCCAUGAGUCUUUUUUCCGUGCGCACUCUUACGCAACAACCCGAACUGUCCUCCAUAGAUGUUCCGCCACGAGCUCUCGACCUUCUCCGUCACUUCAAAGAUAACAUCCUUUCGUUUUCUUUCCCGUUGAGGGGUAACCCGGAAUGUCCUUGGCAGACAAUCCAUUUCCCUGCUGCCAUGUCAACGUACGCGGAGUUACUGGUGAGCCAGAAGGCCAGUCACCACAGGCGGUCUCUAUUCCAUUCGCUUGUUUCCGUUAGCUGCCUUUACCGUGCAAACCACCCUUGGGACACCAUGGAUUGUGAGAGGUUGCGUGUUUCUAGUCAGCACCUCGCUAAGCAACACCUUGACCUUGCCCUGGAAGAAGAGAUUACGAGUAGAAAACCAUUGAAGUAUAAGGAACUUCUCAUGGCCAUACUUUCAAUGGUUUAUCUCGAGAUUUCGUCUGAAGAUUACAACAAUGCCCAAAAGCUCUUGGUCGAAGCAGAGUGUUUGAUAAGACGGCGGGGAUUUUCAAAAUCUCAAAAAUCCUCUAAAGUUCGAACCUUGCACCAUAUGUAUACCUGGUUGCGCAUCUUCGCAGAAAGCACCUGCGGUUGUGCUCUUGUCAGAGUUUGCCCGGCACGCCCGAAUGCUAGUCUCGUAUCUGAUAGGGAAGUAACGCAGGCUCUACGAAGUUUUAGGCUAUCAAACGCGGCCACGCUGACCGAACUUGACAUGGGAGUUGAAAAGACUGAUUCCGUCGGAUAUCAGGAUAUACACCUCGAAGUGAUGGGCACUUGGAGCAACAGUCUUUUCUCCGCCAUGUACGGGGUACCGGAGUCCUUGAUGGGCCUCUUAUCACAAGCUAUUCGCUUAGCCAAUGAGCAGGAGCUUCUAACGCGCGAUACCCUUGUCGACGUGGAAGUCGUGACGAAUCUUAAUAAACGGACAAAGAUAUUGGAACACCAUAUCUUGUCCUGGGACAAGAAGCAACCACCACUCCCUAUUUCGCCCCAUUUCACGGACAGCGAAAUCAACAGUGCAACUACAGAGGCAUUCUACUACAACGCAUUUGCCAUGCACCAAGGUCUUAUACUAUUCUACUAUCGCCGCGUCCACAAUAUCAAUGCUCUCAUCUUACAGGAGACCGUGCAAAAAGCAUUACGCUUCAUCGAGCAGGCAUGCAGCUCUAAUAAAAUUGAGGAGCACAAUUCGUCUCUAAUAUGGCCUUGUUUCAUUGCUGCGUGUGAAGCUGUUGACAAAAUAUUACAAAUGCGGCUGCUGGAUUGGUUGCGUGACAUGUUCCAUAGGACAGCUGUUAGUACUUUUGCUACAGCUGCCGAUGUUGUGCAAAGGGUUUGGAAGGCACGGGAAGAGAGUAGUGAUUAUACACUCGGCUGGUUUGAUGUAAUGGGCCAUGAUCGGUGCCCCAUUAUUGUAGUAUAG